AUGUCAGGGAACUGGGAUGACAGUGAUAGCGAUGCUGAUGUCGUCGUCGUCGAGAAACCGCUUAUCCUUCCUCGAGCACGUCAGCCAUCUAUUGCCAAAAGUCUUGAGAAGGCUGCUAUUCUCGAAAGCUCUGUGGCGGGAUCUACAAAGGACACUGAUACUUCCUCAGAUGACGAUAGCGCAUCAGUUGGUAGUGCUGCAUCGGAGGAGUCCUUGGAGGCUGCCGAUGAGGUCCUUGCGCUCGACUUUGAUACAACCACUAGCAUGAAGAAGAUGAUAGCGCAGUUUGAGUGCGUGUAUCGAAACAUUAUUUCCGAGUUUGCUGACGUAGAAAUUUUCGUUAUUUCGCUAGACAGUCUAAUUGUUGAAUGUCUUGCACAUUCGUAUCACGACUGGACACUUGCGGGACAGUCGAUUGUUCUUACUAAACAGAUUGAUAGAUUUCUUCAACAGUUUGUAAAUUUUGGAGGAAAAUUUAAACUGGUGGUAUUCACCGAUUUUGCAUCGAUAUUCGCUCGUGAUACCACGCUCGGUUUCGCCCGUGCGACUGCUAUUGCUCAUGUGUCUACUGGUCCCUUUGCUAAGGAUUUGAUCUACUUCACUAGCCCAAUCGACCCUAACUGGGGACGCCUCCUACAUGACCUUACUCCAUCAUUUCUGAUGAUCUCCACUGAUAAUGUUACCAGAGAGGCAUGUGCACAGGAAGACUUGGAUAUCACUCCUCAGUUAGAAACUAUAGUGCUGGACGCCUUGUCACAAGCUGUCCCGGUUGUACUACUAACAUCGGUUGUUGUGAAUUUUUCGUCCGUCUUUGCAUACUACAUCAAUCCACGUCUCUGCAUCAAAUAUAACUGGGAUAGCUUUGCAGCAGCUCAUUGGGAAUGCAACAGUUUAUUACUGAAAAUGAGUACGUCACCAACUCAAGAUGCUUCCUCCAUUAAAUCUGUUGGAGAGCUUUGGGCUCAAAUAAUUAUUAAUGCGAAGAAAAGUGGCUCGGUUUCCGAACAUUUCGAAUCGCUCUGUUGUGCCGUGCUGUUGUCUAAUCUCAUCACCAACAAACGUGGCUCAUCACGCGUUUAUCUCCCGGAAAAAGAAGGAGCUAAGCGUGGAUUAGAUGUAAUAAAAGAUAGACGAUUGCUUUUGACAACAGCUACUUCGUACCUGGAGAAAUUAAACUUUGCGACAGUAAAGUUUACCUUCUCCGAAUUUUGGGAUGGUCGCAUGGUCAUCGGUUGUUUUGAUGCCAUUUGCGCCAAUGAUCCAGUUUUACCAUAUCGUAUUCAAGAAGAUUUUGCUCGAUUACAUACUGCCGCAUCUCUCACUAAACCUAUUCCUACUGACACUUCUGAAAAGUUGUUUGAUCCAUCACCAGAGGAACCAAAUCCAUUAGCAUCGCUUCCGAUUCUUUACAGUGCAAAGUCACCACUGGUGGACAAAUACAUUCCUGAAUUGAAAACUGCUCAUUCAGAUAAUAUUGUAGAGGAUGAGCAGCAAAAAGAUUAUGUUGCAAUCUUGCAAGAGAAGAUGGCUUGGAAACUGAGACCAAUCGAAGAGGACUUCACAAAGAAAGCUGAAGUUAUCACUGAUGAAUGGCAAAAGAAGAGAGCAAAUAAAUCGAGACAACAAAUGAGCAGAUGGUACGAAAUGUUUGCUAAUUCAUUGGAAGGGCGAGGAACAAAUCUGCUUGUGGAUUUCUCCCGAGUUCCAAAAGGACAUGCACUAGCGGAAGAUGCCAAAACUGACAAUACGACAAAGAAAGGUGGUAAAGCAUGGUCCGGACAAAAAGGUGGCGGUGGCGGAAAGAAAGGCGGAAAGGAACCUCCAAAGUCCAAAAAGGACUUGAUUCUCGAGGCAAAUAAGAAGGCUAAGGACGUUAAACUCAUUGAAGGCGAAAAGAAUAAAAUCAAGUUUGCAAUGCAACAGGGGAGAAAUGCGAUACAAUUCCUCGAGCGUUCUUAUGGCUCUCUAGAGUUACCGGAGUCUAGAGCAUUGUGUGCAUUCGAAAUUUUGAUUAGAGAAGGGCGAGAUUUGCUGGGACGCCUUACUGGACCAGAAAAUCUAGAAGCCAGACGAGUACAAGCAGUCACCCUUGUGGGCAAAUUGAAGGAUUGUCUCGUCACUCACUGGCAGCAUCUAGACUCAAAACAAAGAGAACAAGUGGUGGAUCUGUGGGCGACUCUAGGCUUCGAAGUGCCAGAUGGUAUGAAGGCGUCCGCUGAAGCGAAGAUGAAACGGCUAGAUUUGGGAAUGAAUAUGAUUUACUACCAACUGGAAUACGGUGGAGAGUUAAUAGAUAUUCAGUCGGAUCCUAGGAAGGAUGACCGUGUUACCGGUUUUGCACCAGAUGCAUGGCAGAGGAAAAUGCUUGACUCUGUGGAUCGCGGCAAUUCUGCUAUUAUUGUUGCACCAACCUCAGCUGGUAAAACUUUUGUUUCAUACUACUGCAUUGAAAAAGUGCUACGUCAAAGUGACGACGAUGUUGUGGUAUACGUAUCGCCUUCAAAAGCUCUGAUCAAUCAGGUCUGUGGAUCAGUGUACGCUCGAUUCCGAAAUAAGUCAAUGACAAGAGGAAAAUCUUUGUUCGGAACGCUGAAUCCGGAACAUGCUCUCAAUCCACUUGCUUGCCAGGUUUUAGUAACAGUACCAGAAUCACUCGAAGCACUCAUGCUGUCCACUAACCCGAAAGUGCAGGAGUUUGUAUCACACAUCAAAUAUGUAGUGUUUGACGAAGUGCAUUCAAUUGGUGCUUCUCCCGAAGCUCAUAUUUGGGAGCACUUGUUGCUUCUGAUCCAGUGUCCUUUCCUUGCGCUAUCGGCUACAAUUGGCAACGCAGCAAAGUUGCAUGCAUGGCUAGACAAUGCCGAGCAGAGCAAAACUGAUCGAAAGCGUAAGGUCGAUCUCAUUGUACACAAUGAGCGAUACUCUGAGCUUGAGCUGUCGAUCAUGCGUGUACCAAAACCACAGCCCAUUGAAGCUAUUAUCAACGACUUUGGUGACUCUUCAUCGUCUUCCUCUGAUUCCAUCGAAGGGGACAUAAUUGAACCGUUUAUGCCAUAUGGAGUGUUUAUGCCGGAGAAAAUCAGAAUGUUUGGAAUCCCAGACGAUCAACAACUCACUGCGCGUCAAAUUUUACAACUUUAUACUACCAUGGCUGCUGUGGAUGAGAAGACGAAGACCGAGUUUGAACCCUGUCACUAUUACGGCUACAAGGCUGGUGAACCUUUUUGGCUGUCACGUGCUGGGUUGCGAAAACUUGAGAAUGGCUUAAAACAGCGUUUACUACUGUGGUUAGCUGAAGAUGAAGAGAAGAUGAGAAGGGUUGUUGACAUACUUGCAAAACCUAUUAGUGAACAAUUACAACAUCGAGCAGUCCCAUUCAACAAGGAGAAGCUAGCAUUGGACAACAUCGUUCGGUUAGUUGAUGAGCUGAAUGAGAAGAAUAUGCUUCCGGCCAUGUGCUUUAAUGAUGAUAGAAAUGUAUGUGAAUCGCUUGCUCUUCGACUUUGUGAAGAACUCGAGGAAAGAGAAACGGAGUUUAUGAACAGCAAUGAGUUCAAGACGAAAUAUGCCAUCAAGGAUGAAGAUAAAUAUUCCAAACUAGCCAAGAGGAAGCGUGACAUGGCCGACAAGAAGAAAGGGGAAAAGAAUGAGGAGGAAGAUGAACCGAAGGAAACCGAAGAGGUUGACCCGUUUGCAGCUCAACGUGCAAAAUUGAAACAAGUCCUUUCAAAGUUCCGUCUUCGUGGACGAGGAGGAGGUGAUCAGGAUGUGUAUGACAAAAUGAUUGAAAGGAUGAAGAAAGGAUCAAAAGGACGAGAAAGUACGAGAACACUUUUGCGUUUAUUCGAGCGUGGAAUCGGCUAUCAUCACGGUGCCCUGAAUAACGCUGAGAAAGGUGCCGUUGAAGUUCUUUACAGAAGUGGACAUCUAGCAAUCAUUUUCACAACGUCAACUCUAGCUCUUGGUGUGAACAUGCCUUGUAAGACUGUAUUGUUUGGUGUUGAUACACCAUUCCUCACCCCUCUUCUGUUCCGUCAAAUGAGUGGUCGUGCAGGACGUCGAGGUUUCGAUCAUUCAGGAACUGUAUGCUUCAUGAGUGUUCCUACUAGCAAGAUGCGUCGAUUGUUGACGGCUUCGCUGUCAACUUUACAAGGAAAUCCUCCGUUUACCACUUCAUUCAUCCUUAGAACGCUUUCUUAUGUACACUCCAAGGAUGUAAUGACUGAGGAUCGUUCGGGACCAAUUUCAACAUUCCCUCAGAGGGCGAAGAGCGUGCUUUCUUUGCUACAACAUUCCUUCUCUCUAUUCACCCGACAUGAAGCGCAAAAUGGAACGCUACAAAAGCAACUACGCAUGUAUACAGCGUAUUCGAUCCAGUUGCUCAGGCAUUUACAGUUGCUUAGCGAUAAUUGCUGCGGGAAAAAUUUAGCUGGAUUAGCUGCUUCGUUAGCAGAAGUGAGUACAGGAGAACCAGGAAAUCUUGUAUUCAUCCAUCUCCUGCAGAGAGGUGCAUUCCAUCUAAUGAUCAGACAGACUCCCGAUAAAGCCAAAGCGAAACUCAAGAUGAUUAAUAUUCUGGCCAAUCUAUUUACCAGAGAGCGUUUACCUCACUGGUUCCAGUUGGACGACAAAAAUAGUUAUCCAGCCGAAUCACGUAACUUGAUUUUCCUUACUGGAUUGCCUAACGAGAUGCAGAAUCUUUUGGUCGAAUACAACAAUAUAGCUGUUGGUCUCUACCAGAAGUUCAUGGCUGCAUCGUCGGGCGACCGCAGUCUUAUCGCUCCUGAAUUCGCGGUUAGUCGUCAAGAACAGAAAGAUUUGUUCUUGAAUGAGGAUCUUGUGCCGCCUGUUUUUGAAGGGUACUCACACGACUCAUCCUUUAUGCCUGUAAUUAAUUUUGAUCAAAGAGAUCAUCGUGGAAGAAAGAUCUGGUACAACGCAUUUGCCGUAGCUUUUUAUGUACACGAGUCUCGGCAAAAAUUGUUGACAGUAAAUCGCAUUCGUGUCAGCCUCAUGUGGUAUCUCCUACAUGAUUUUAUUGCUGUCUUACAACGACUAGCCGAGGGUCUAGAGACCGUGGCGAGGCAACAGGAUCCUGUUGCAGAGCUGUUACGUGAAAUUUACAGCGAGUACUAUUCGAAAUUCUGCUCUGCUUUCGGCAUGAAAAACAAAAAUUAA